AUUUAUAUAUAUAUAUAUAUAUAUAUAUAUACAUACAUAAUACGAUUUCACAAAAGCUGUACACCAAACAUUUAUUAUAUUUGUCUUAAUACAUUUUAGCUUAAACAAUUCUUUUAAUAAACUGACUAAAAAAUGUAAGUAAUUUAUAAAGUAAUCAAAAUUAUAGCUAAAGCACAGAUUUAAUACGUAUGUAUGUAUACUUCACAAUUUUAUGAAAGUUGAAGCUAUAUUAUUAUAAUGUUGCAUUGUUUUAAAUCUGUACUUUAAAUAUAAUCAAUAAAAAAUUUCUAGCAAGUAUGGUACCUUCCGCAUUUUACCAUUUAUACAAUUUUGGUCAGUUUUAUUAAAAAUGCUAUUAGAUACAAUAAAAGCGCAAUAGAUUUAUUGAUCACAUUAAAUUAUAUCCGAUACAAGUUUCUGUAUCAGAAAGAAGAAAAAAAAGUUAAGCAAAAAUAAUAGACUAAUCGGAUUUCUUUUGUAUAUCACGGUUUUAUGAAUGUGCAUGCAGUGAUAGCUUUUUUUUUUCUUUCCAUUCAGAAAUGUCUUCUUUUUAUGGUUGAAAACUAUAGUUGAAAUUAAACAUAUGUUUUAAAGAAUAUCUUAAGAAAAAAUUGAUUGCUAUUGUAAGUUCAAGUAAUUUUUACUUUCGUAGUUUGUAAGAAAAUUGUUUAGCAUAUAUAUUAUUAUUGGUUUAAAUGUUGGGAUAUUGGAAGUCUAAUAUUUAUAAUUUUCAAAGUGUUCCUUUGAAAUGUUCAUGAAUUAACUUUUUUUUAUGCUAUGCUUUUUUGUGUGAAAAAACAACCGAACAAACGCAAACAUACGAAUUUGUAUUGCUCGUUCUAAAUGUUCUAUGGAAGAAUACACAAUAUUCAAGAGCAAUCUAUAGCAUUUAUACAUAUAUAAAUAUACACACACACAUAUAUAUACAUAUGCAUAUAUAAAUCAUUUGAUAACAUGAAUACAACAAUCUGUGCAAUGCAUCAGAUUUGUUAAUCAUUAAAUGUGAACUUUUGUAUACACAUUUUGUGAUCUAGUUUUGAUACGUCUUUAUUUUCCUUGGGAUACUCUUCUGUAUAUACGUAAAUACCAGAACAUUUAAUCCCAGCUACUGUCUGAUGUUGGAUAUUGCUAUCUUUCUUGGUUGCUUAAAUAAACACGUUUGAGAAUACAUAUUUUUCGUUUGUGGACAUUUUAUUAUAUAGUUGAUUGUAUUUUUAAUACUGUUGAAAAGUAUUAAUAAUAGACACCUCAAUUAUUUCAAUUGAGUAGUAUAUAUGUAUUUGUAUAAUAAUACUUUUUAUAUCAAUAUCAAGCAUCAGAUGUAAAUACAUCUGCUGGAUGAAAUGUAAUUGAAUGAUUACUUGGAACAAAUAAUUAAAAUAAAUACGUUGCAAAUAGCUUCAUAGUGACAUAAAAAAUUUUUUUUAUAGUGUAAAAAAAAUGCAAGGACUAAGACUGUAUAACAAAAUAUGUAAUUGAUGUACAAGUUUAUGGAAACUAAUUUUCGAAGUAUUUGAGUGUAUCUAUAUGAUAGUAUAUAAAAAUAUUUCGUUAUCUUUAGUAUCUUUUGAAACGUAUUAAAUUCAAACUUCAUUGUUUUUCUAAAAUAGUCGGAAAAUGGUUGAUAAUAUAGUUGAAUAAUUUGCUAGACAAUUAUUUUUAUAAAUAUUAGAAUUUUUAUAUAAUUGAUUUGCGUAAAAUAUGAAACAACGUAUCUUCUAUCAUGCCUAGUCUUAUCGUGAAAAAAGAAGGAAAAAUAAAAAGCGGGACAUCUUUAUGAAUACGAUAUUUCAGAGGAGUUUCUUCAUUUGUGAAUAUUGUGAAUUUUAAAUGUGAAUAAAUUUAAGUAUCAUAAAUGUGAAUUCAUUCUAUCCUAGAUAUUUAAAUAAUUUUUUGGUGAAUCAAACAUCCUAUAAUUAACAAGUAAAUUGGUUUAACAUAGAUAGAAAUUUUUUCUGUUAUUUCUUCAUCGCUAUAAUAGAAGAAAAAUAUAAUUUUUACUUUGUUAUCUUGUUUUAGAUUCACGCAAUAAAUCCUAGUAGGCGAAAUUGAGCGUCUUUUGCCAAAAACUGUAGUCAAUUGACAAAAUGAUUCACUGAAGUGUUAUGCUUCUUAUGAACAUAUAAAAAAUGUUUAUUUAUUUAGUAGCUUCAGUGGCUACGUUAGUUUUUAUUUUUGGACUUUUUCAUGUCAAACAUCUUGAUAAUUGGUUACGAUCAUCGAUACGUAGUUCAUUGACCCUAUAUAACCGGUUGAUAUGCAGACCCGCGAUCCAAACGACACUGAAUAAUGAAAAUUCGGAAUGUAAUUCGACAACUGAGGGCCCUGUGGUAGUCAAUGAUAUAGUAGAGGAAUUUUUGACACAGAAGACAGUAGUUAACAAUAAUGAAAGAUUAUCAGAAAUCUUUCUAAGAGAAGUUGAAAGUAGAUCAAAGAAUUUGAAUCUACCACGGUAUUCCUUGGAAGACACAGUAUCAGAGGAAAAAGACAAAGAUCUUGGAUUACCUGUCAAGAAAACUCAUCAAUUAGAAAUAACACAAGAUAGUACUAUCCGAACUAAUAAACAAGAAGGGAAGGAAAAUAUAUUUGAAUCGUUGAAAAGUUCCGUUGAAAAGUUUAACUAUCCAUCUUCUCUGUUAAACAGACAAAUAUAUAAUCUGAUUUUGAAAGAAACUCAGAAAGAAAGUGAAAUAAGACAAAAAUUAUUCGACAGUGAUAACAAGAAAAUCAAUGAAUCAUCAUCAACUGAAGUGAAGGAAUAUCUUCCGUCAUCAUCGGAAAAGAAACCAGAACUAGAUGAUAACAUUAACUAAAUGAUCAAAAUUUAAUUAUAUAUUAAAAUGUAAUACACGUCAAAAAUAAAAUUAUGUUAUAUAAAAAUUUUAU